UGCCUCGCAGGACUCACAACACACGCGACUCGUCGGACAACUUUAGAAAGGUAGACGACGGCGUCGAGGUUCGCCGUGCGCCGAGUGGACGGAGCAGCAUUAAACAUGCUUUAAUGAGAACCGCGGACUUUCCCCUCCGGAGCCGUUUCCUCGUCCCCGAGGCGUGCGCGCCCCCGCGCCCUCUCCCCGUGCUGGUGCCCGCCACAGACCAACGAGCGAUAGAAAAUGGCGAGUCUUUGCAAAAAACAGCAAUGCACAAGCGGCAGGCGCGGCUUUCAGCAGGAACUCCACUCGUGGCGACACAAACUCCUUCACUGUGUUUUGAGAACAUUCUUAAAGGUCUCAUUGGUCCAACAUUGGUGGAAGACCUGAAAUUUUUUAAGGAGCUUGAGCCUGUUGCAGUAUCUGACUGGUCGUUUGAUGAAAAUUGUCUAUUUUGCUGUUUAAAAAGAGACAAAGUGAAAGAACGCCUUAUUGGCUCAAGCAAGGGAGGUAUUGAAGAUACACACAGGCGUCUUCUGGUUAAAGAUCAGAUCACAAUCAUCAGAUUUGAGAAACAAACUGAAGAAUUCCUUAGUGCAGUUCUCUGCAGAAAAGAUGUGCCAAGUUUCUCAGACCCACACAUUCCAGUAGUGGCUCGAGAGGUUCUUCAGAGAAUGAUCAGUCAGUUUGCCGUUGAAUAUACCUCUAAAACCAGCUCCCCUCAGGGAAGUCACUCAGACUACAAGCCUCUCUCUGACCAAAGCCCGUCGGCCCUAUCUGUGCUGACGGGGCCUCCCCCUCCAAGCAGCCCUUCUGCCACCGUGGCAGGACCAGCACACAACCAGAACCCCGUCCUCAGCAAGCUCCUUAUGGGCGACCAGGAUGCUCCUCUUGACCUCACCAUGAAGAAGCUCCUAGCGGAGCCAAGUGAACAAGAUGGAGUUCUUGACUUAUCCAUGAAAAAGAAACCCAUUUCAGCUGUUCGAAGUCCGUGCUUGUCGCCAGCCACACCCACGCUGAAGAGAGAGUCUCCAGACAUCCGUGUUGGAAAGGCAAACGAUCGGGACUCCACCUCGACACUGAAACAGUUCAUGGCCAAACUGUGCCCCCACCAUCAGAGACAGAUAGUGGAUGCCAUAGGCUUUCUUCAGAUGGAAGUCAAAGCACAUUCAUCGUCCAGUAUGCAGGAUACCUCUAACUCCGUCUCUGAUGUCCAGGGAACUGUUUGUUCCACUCCGAACUCUGGUGCAGUCACCCCAGAGAAAUCACACCCUGAUCUACGAUUUCCCAGUGAAUCCACUCCUAAGGCAGAAGUCCAGGAUUUGUCCCAGUCUAUCCCAAGCAGCUGUGUAAUGAAAAAGUCUCCAGAGAAUGGUGUGUCCCCAAAAACAUCUGUAACUGCUGGCCUUACUUUGGAUAUUUGCAGCCCUGGGUCAGCAAGUAGUCAACUUCUGGCCUCUCCCACUACUAAUCCAGUGGACGGAGAGAAUAGUCGUCUCGGUGAACACGCACCUCUUAGGAUGAAAAUCAUGACCAGUCCCGCUGUUGCUGGUAGGAAGUUAUGUGUGCUCAAUACCACUCUUUCUUCUCCAUCGGACACCUCAGAGGACAGAGAGUGCAACUCAAAUUCAUCCAGCAGAACAGAGACUCACAGUGCCAGACUCAGCUCUUCUGUGAAAAGACACAGUCAGGCACAUCAGGCCAAACAGAGAGAGGCUCUCGGGCAUGCCAAAGAGACACCGGCAAAAUUGUUUCCAGUACACAAUACCAUUCCUUCAGACCUUACUCGGACUGCCAGAAAAACGGUCAGAACAUCCUCUGAACAUCGGACCAGGGACUCCGUUUGCAAGGCAGUUGUUGAUCCUGACAUUGGCCACUGUGACAUUGUUUUUAUUGACAAGCCAAUAACUGAGUGUUUUAAGGAACAGCGAUCCAGCGUGCUCCCACGGCGCAAUGCCAGGAAAAGCACCAGGGGACACUUGUAUUCGAAUGAAAUUUGGGAGUUAAAGACUGUUCGGACAUUGGCAGGGAGGGGCAACUGUCCCCAUCAAAUGCCAGCGUUAACCACACUGGUCACCCCGAAACAAAUACUUUCAAAGCCUGAAGGUUUACCACCUGUGGAUAUGCCUUUUGUUGGUGCAUGCAGAGAGACAAUGAAUCAACAAAUGCCCAUAGAAGAGUCGAAUGAGAGUGUAAUACCAGGGGCAGGAGAUGCUGUGGAGGUAGCAGCUAGUAAAGUAGAUAAUGUUGUUGUCGAACCUAGUCAGACGGAUCAGGGUCAGAGUAAUCAGCCUGAUUCACCAUGCCCGUUGAGGUGUCCAAUAGAAAACAAAGACACUGUCGCGAACACGGAUGUAGAAGGGGACGCAACUGCAGAUUCAGAGAUGAUGGCAGUAAGUGAUGAAAGUGUUAAUGAGCCAACUUUAGAAGCAGUGAAAGAAAGCGAUCCAGAGCCUGGAGAGGUCUCACAUGGCAAUAGUGAGCAAACUGUAGCAGAAUCCGACAUAGAGCCGGUAGAGAAUAUUACUAUAGAAGAAGCUGAGCCACAGCUUUCAUCUGAUAAAAUACCUAACAGUGAACCGAGCGACCAGCAGCCGAGCACUCCGUCAACAGUGAGCCAGGUUGAGGAGGAUAAAGGAGAGGAGGUGCAAGAUGAGCAGCCUCAGGACCUUCAGUCUGAGAGACAGUUGCACCAUGACAAUAGUGAAAUGACAGAAAAGCCGACCACGGCAGGCUCAGCAGAGGAGCAGGUGGUCAAAGAGAGAGACGUUAAAACACCUGAAAAUAUUGACGCUGUUGUACCCAUAGAGACAAAAGACAAAGAAGGUGGCAAUGAUUUGUCCAAAAUGUCAUUUGACGCACUCCUGAAGGAGUUGCCACCUUGGCGUAGGAAAAAAUGUAACAAAACUUCAAAACUAAACCAGGUUGUGUCAAAAGACACACCGAUAGUGGGAUAUGUUAAUGGUAGACCCGUAUCGGCCUCUGACAGACAUCUGCGCCAAAGACCAGGCAGCAACCCCACAUCACCUAGUAAAAGUCCAGUAAAAUCUUCUCCUAGCAAUAGUUUGGUCAAUGCUACUCCUGAUUCAGCUGCUGAAAACAAAACGUUGGAACUAUCUCCCCCUGAAACACACAUGCCUGGAAAAUCAUUAGAGACUAGUCCUGUAGGUCAACAGGUGGGAGGUUCUUCCUCUGACACGCCUUCAAGCCCAGUAUCUAAACUUACCUCAAGGACUAAACAAAACCUUUUACAAAAGAGUUUUUCAAGAGGUAACGUUAGUUCUGAUUCAGCCUCUGAUCAGGCUGCUGAUCAAGUUCAGAAUACUGAGUCCAAACGGCAGCUAAGAUCAGCCAGCCAGAAGCCAGUUGGACCUCCAGCAUCGCCACCCACUUCAAAAAUGGUCAAUACCAGGGUCUCUCCCAAUCUUUCUUCCCUUAUUCUUCCACCUCCAGAGCAGCUUUCCCCUCUGCUCCUUCCUUAUCCACUUCCUGUUGUUGCAUCUCCUCUAGUUGGGCCAUCUGAAUCUCCAGACUCUGAAAAGCCCCAACAAAACCCUGCCCCAGAUACUUUGGUAUUAAAUGUGGAAGAUAAACAGCCAGAUGAGGAAAUCUCAGAGGAUGCACAUAAGAACGAACCAGAAAGAGGAUCGGACACCAAACCGAAAUUAAGAUCUGCUAAAAUGGUUGCGGACAGCUGUAAGAAUGAAAAAGAGCAACACAGCAGUGAAGAAUCAAGACUUGUAGGAGACCAAAGUCCUGUAAAGACGGAAGAGCAAACACAUUGUAUGCCUUUGAGAAGUAAACGGGUUUUUGGAAAGGAGGCAAAUGCAAAUGAUGUUGCUCUGAUUCAAAAGAAAAGCCUGCUAUCUUCAGAGGGCAGGUCUGCAAGCGGGGAUGCUAGCAGUUCUCCAAACAGACCCACGAGAAUGCCGUUAAGAAGUGAGACCAGCAAGGCUGAGACGUCUUCCGAGUCUGUUACUCCGUCACCAUCGACGGACCGAAGGAAAGUGGCAUUAAGAUCACAAAGACUGGCUGCACUUGCGACUGGUGCCCCCGCUGAAGCAGCAACACAAAGUAACGUAGCUUCCCCCGUUAAGACGAUGCCAGAGAGAAUAGCUAAAGCUCAGGUGAGAUCCCCAUCAGCGUCUGUUACAUCUGUAUCCAACAGUGCAAACUUAACGCUCAUUACCCCUAAACAUGAGCCCCCGAAACAAAUGCCCAACAAAUUCCUUGAGAUGCUUACAGGAAAUGAGAGCCAACAACUGGUUACAAAUCUGAACAUCAAGUACGAUAAAAUGCAGAAGGGUUGGGUCCAAAUGGACAAAGAAGGUCAGUCAGGAACAAAAUACAGAAACAAGUCAGACAGGCAGGCAGCGAUAUGGAAAAGUAAACGCAGGACACGAAAGCCAAAAUCUUCCGAUCAGCAGAAAUACUCGCCAGUCCAAAUGCUUUUCAUGAAAGGUUUUAAUCUGGCCAGCAUUUGUCGCUGGUUCCUAGAAUCAACAGAAACAAAGUCUCUCGUUAUCGUCAAGAAGGUCAACACACGUCUUCCAUCUGAAACUCAGCUGUGCUUCCACAGCUCAUCCAGCGGGUCCGGGACCUCGCAGGGGGUCUUUCCGAGCCUGCAGGCAGAGCGCUUAAAGAAACAUUUGAAAAAAUUUGCCAUUGCUUCUCCUGUAAAGAGCAAUCCCAAGAGUCAGAAGUUGAUUGCUAAAGCGCUCGAGCAGGAAGUCUGUGCAGUCAAAGGAAAGGAGAGAGCAGAGCCCCCCAGUAAUUCUCAGACUAAGUCGUACUCCUCUGCCAAAGCCAGGGUGCAGAUAAGCGAAUCCCAGAAACCCUCUGGAAAAUCUAAAAAUCCUGCCAGUGCAAGGAUCCUGAGGAAAUAUUCGAACAUUAGAGAAAAAAUGCAGGUUCAGCAAACCACCGCCGGACUGAAGGGGGCCUCAAAAAUGUUAAAAAGCAAAAAAAUGAAAACACUGGCAAAUAAAAAGUCUGCUGCUAAGUCAAACUCGAGGCCGUUACUGAAGGGACGGAAAUCAGGCGUGCCUGUUGGCAAGCAAAUAAAAGUGUCUGCAGCAAAGGUGGAGAGAAGAAAGAUAUUGGUUGGAAAGCAUUCAACAAAGCCUCCUGUUCAGGUUAGAGCGGUCAAGGCCCAGGUUAGGGGCAGAGCUGCAAGAGAUCCAAGUAAAAAACAACUGCCAAAGAGAUGCUCGCAGCGGCUCGGCUCUCCCAAAACAUCUGAGCACAUCCCUGCAGACACUUCAAAAAGCAAGGCCGGCAGUAAGAAGCAACCUGAAGCAGACAAGGCAGAGGUAGAAAAAUGUACUCCGAACAAAGUGAAUCCUGCAAAGAUUCAAUCAAAGGAAACAUCACAAAGCACAGCUGCUGAAGUCCGAAGUAGCGAGAAAGCUACUGAGACGCCAAAACAGAGCACGGAUGCAAAGGUUCAAGCCUCACAUGACCAGGUACUAACUAGAUCCCAGAGGAAGAUGGAGGUAGCGGUCCCUCUGAGCGGAAGUCAGAGUAACGCUUCAAAGAAGGCCGCAAAGUCCACAACUUCACAGAAUGCAUCUCCUAAAGCUGCCAAGAAAGUAGAUGAACCUACGAUUACAAGAAGUGGGGCUUCAAAGAGACGCAGGGAAACCGUGUUGCCCCGUAGUGCAGCGAAAGUGACCACCAAGAAAUCUCAGGAGCUACUCGAGUCGCCUCCAAAGCGCACCAGGACAAAAUAAAAUUGACCCAGGGACAAAGAUGGUCUUUAUGUCAAGGUUUUUUUUUUUUUGUUUGUUUUUUAACAUUUUAUCUGGAAUAUACUUAAAAGGACCAAACUGUAUCUAUUUUGUAUUCUCUGCAAAUUCUUCAGACGAAUGCUUUGCUCAGUAGAAAAUAGUAAGGACGUUGCUUUUUUUUUUCUUUUUUGAAUUCAUUUAUGCUUUUGUAAAGAUUUUGAGUGAGAAUGCAGAUGUGAUGAGAUAAUUUUUCUUUAUGAGUUGAGGGACUCCAGAAAAGUCCUGCAUGAUGUGCAGCACUCUCCGACAUGGCUGGAGAUAAAAUCAGCCUCUCUUGCAUAAUUUUAGAAGUUGAGAUAACAAACAUAAAGCUGGGACGCUGUUAUCAUGGAGACAUGACAUUCAUUCAAGUUUAAGUUGUUCUUCGUUUCUUUUCUUGGCCCUAUUUGUAUAUAAGCAUUAUUAUAGAUUAAAGCACAUACUGCUUUGGUGUCUGAAAGCUUGACGGGGUAGAAGUUUGAAUAAAAGUAGGUCGGCAGUUUGUAUCUCCAGCCUGUCUUCCAAUCGCAACAUGUAUGCAGCUGUUGUGACCAGGUGCCUUAUUUAUGAACUAUAAUGUAAAUGAAUGUGUUGCUAAAUGUGAAAACCCCUCUCUCCUGUCCCCGGAGAGGCAGUUGACAUUCAUGUACUUCAUGGAGCGAGUGCAAACUGUUUCCGUUCCCACAGCAGGUGCCUCGCGCCUCACCUGUAAAUGUUUCUGUUGACUACAGCAUUCAGAUUGUCUGACUCACUUGCUCUGACAGGUUCAUUUUUAUGCCUAUUUUCCCAAAGCAUUAACAUAAAAUUGUUCUUAAAGCUGUAUUGGGUAUUGAAGCCUGGAUUUCUUUUUAAAACAGGUUUACUCAUUAUGUGUCAAAAGCGUGUAUUAUUUAGCUGUGUGGGAUCAGGUGUACCACUUCACCCAUCACUGUCUGAGUUCUUCACCUGCUUCUGCAUGUGGUAAACCCUUUUCUUUCAUGUGGAGUCAGCAACUCUUGUAAUGCAACUAAGAAAACCCAGCACUAUAUUUAUUAGCCUGAUCGUUGAACACACCAGCCCCAGUAAAGACUGUGUGCACAGGUUGUGGCAGCAAUGCUAAGACCUUGUGAAAUGACUUUGGGAGAUUGGCUUGUGCAUCACUUUAAGAACCAAUAAUUCCUCAGAACAAAGGCUUGAUAUGAACUUUAUAAUGUCUUGACUACAUAUGGUGCAUUGAAGAGUGGUGAUUCCUCCCUGAUAGAUAAUUCCCAGGCUGGUUAUAUUGUUUUCUAUUGCAGUUUUGUGUUAUUAUAUUGUCACUGACUGUGGGGCAAGUUCUCAUAAUGUGAAGUCUGUUUACUUUCACAGUAGUAAUGUGCAUGAGUGUAUGAUCGGAGUAAAAGAAAACACAAUUUUAGGACAGUGUUAUUUUAAAUAUGGUAAUUUUCUUUGCGAGGGUAAAUCUGUUAAUGCAAAACUGAUCUGCCAUGUUUUUAUUGUUAUUUAAGAACUCCAUGUAGGCUAACUAAUUUAGCAAAUCUGAAACAGCCCACCAAAUAUCAGACUUGAACGUGUUUAUUCUUUACAGUUGUUAUUUAAAGAUUUUGAUUUUGUAUAUUAGAAAAGAAAGAAAUACAUGCUUUAUUUGUGGUAAUCCCAAGAAUGAGGCAUCUUUAUGUUCAGAAGUUUGUAUUUUUGCUGGAGUGAAUAUAAAGAUGUUUGAAUUUUAUGGUU